GAGACAAGAAAGGAGCUAGUGGAGAUCCACUGACAUUCAAGAACAACAACUUCCAUCGCAUUAUAAAGGGCUUCAUGAUGCAGGGAGGAGAUAUCAACAAAAAGGGAGGGGAAAGCAUCUAUGGAGAUCGUUUCAAUGAUGAAGCAUUUGUUGAUAAACACACACACAGAGGACAGCUAUCCAUGGCUAAUGCAGGGCCCAACACAAACAGCUCUCAGUUCUUUAUUACCUUCGGGCCCACCCCUCAUCUAGACGGGAAGCACGUCGUAUUCGGUGAAGUUGUUGAGGGUUUGGAGCUCCUUGAUGAUGUUGAGGAGGUCCCCACCAAUGCCAGCGACGCCCCAGAGGUGCCGGUGGUCAUUGAGGAUUGCGGAGCCCUCUAA